GAUUGUGCGGGUUCGGUCGAAUCACUCCAAUUUUUCGCAAUCGUUGCCAUUCGAAGGUGAAUCUCGCGUGCGAAAAAUAAUCGCGGAAGUGUGUCGUACAGUGUAAAGUGUCUUUUUGAUCGAAUAGUAUUGUAACAUCGUGAUUUCCAUAUCAGUGGUUCGCCGAGUCGUAGACCCGGGGUCCAUCCACAAAUCAUCUACCAUAUAUUUAAUAUUAUUUUCUGCGAGGAAUCCAUACUUUAUCGCCAGACUGACGGAGAGCUGGCAUUGAUCGCGGAGUAAUUUACUUCUGUGUCAAGGUCUUAGUGUUGGUUCAUCGCGGAGGCUGCAAAGGCGAACAUCAUUAUCGGAAUAAUGAAGAGGGAAGCCGAGGCUGGCGCUAUGACAGGUUCCGGGGGUCCAACGAGCCCCCACAAGCGCUAUCGACAGGGUGACGAUGAGCUCCGUCUUCUCAUCCCGAGUAAGGUUGCCGGUUCGAUAAUCGGCAAGGGUGGCCAAAACAUCACCAAACUCAGGAGUCAGUACAAAGCCUCAAUCAUUGUACCCGAUUGCCCCGGACCCGAACGGGUGCUUACCAUCAGCUCGGACCUGCCUACCGUUUUGCAAGUGCUGAACGAGGUCGUACCUAAUUUAGAAGAGACACGAUUUCAGAACGGCUCCCGUCAUGGCAGCGACGAGAUCGACGUGCGCAUGUUGGUGCAUCAGAGCCAAGCAGGAUGCAUCAUCGGCAAAGGAGGUCUGAAGAUCAAGGAGCUUCGCGAGAAAACCGGAGCCAGGAUCAAGAUCUAUUCCAACACCUGCCCCCGCAGCACGGAUCGCCUCAUCAGCAUCUGCGGGAAACCCACGACGUGCAUCGAAUGCAUACGCGAAUUGAUCGCCACCAUUAAGACCUCACCGUUGAAGGGUGUCAACAACCCUUACGAUCCGCACAACUUUGACGAUUUCUACGCCGACGAUUACGGUGGCUAUGGCAACGCCGAUGGUAAUCAGGGCAAGGUCGGUGGAUUCGGCGGACCUGGUGGUCGCGGCGCUGGUGACGGCAGCGCCGGAGGCGCCGGAGGUGGCGGGAUGCCACCUCGACGCGACAAUCGCGGCAGCGGUCCUGGUGACAUGAACCGCGGCUUCCCACCGCCAUCUAGAGGUGGUCCACGCGGCGGAGGGAUGUCCGGAGGCCCGCCGGAUCGUGGAUACGGCGGUAACUCGCGCGUAGGUGGAGGCGGAGGGAUGUCUGGUGGCCCACCGGAUCGCGGAUACGGCGGUAAUUCGCGCGUAGGUGGCAGCGGCGGAAACCGAGGCGGGCCGCCGUCCUACGGCGGCGGAAAUUACAAUGGUGAUGGAUGGGGAAUACAAGGAGGCGCGCCUAAUGGCCUAGGUGGCGGUGGUAACUUGGGAAUGGGUGGCCCACCUAUGGGUGGAAACAAUCAAGGCAACCAGGGCAACAUGAGCGGAAACAAGACCAGUACACAAGUCACCAUUCCCAAAGACUUGGCUGGAGCUAUAAUUGGCAAAGGCGGUGCGCGAAUCAGAAAAAUCAGGUCCGACAGUGGUGCUGGAAUAACUAUAGACGAGCCACUGCCCGGGAGUAACGAUCGUAUCAUCACUAUUACCGGGAUUCCCAGUCAGAUACAAAUGGCCCAGUACCUGCUGCAGCAGAGCGUGCACGAGAAUGCAGAUCAUUACUAAGCCAUAGGUGCAUUCGGGGGAGGGGGAGCCAAAGAUGCGUUUUUGUAAUUUUUUUUUAGAAAUAUUUCUUGGGUAAACAUGUAAACGCUGAGGAAGUGGAAACUGAAACAAGUACACACAUGCACCCACGGAAACAACUUCCGGCAGAGCGCUGUGCGCAGAAGGAUGAUCUGUAGAAUUUAUACAUAUACAAAUACACCACACGUGAAUCACCCUCUCCCAGAAAGAGAAACGCUUAAUGGUCUAUGCUAACGUGACCUUGAUGUAGCGAGAUAUCAUUCUCAAGGAUGGUAAUCGCCCAUCGCCGCCUGCAAAGUAAAUUGAUCUACGAAUCGAGUAUCGCUAACAUUUUCGAUGUCGGCCUUUUUUUUAGUAUAGAACUCUCUUAUUGGUAUCGUGUCCGAAGCACAUACACACAUACCCUGUCAAUGUGACAGCGGGGGAGGGGUUUCAAACUGGCGAGCAAUCGCAUCGUGUUCCCCGAUGUUAGCAUUCCCGAGAAAACGUAUUUAUCGCUUGAAAGAGAAAUCCAAAGAAUGAUCCCUUCUCUACCGUAAUAGCGUAAGCUUUUACGUCGAGACAUCGUGUAUCUCCCUCUCUCUCUUUUUCUCUCUUUUUUUAAAAUUAAAUCUUGUUCCCUUUCAUCGGACUUGACAUUUUAAUUUCGAAAUAUAUAGUGUGUCGACGAAGAAUCGAAACGCUAAUCGCGAAACAGCCAAUUUGAAACCGUUUACACGUGUAAGCGAUUCCUGAACAUCGAGACUUGACAACGCACAUUUUUUUCUUCUCGCGUUUCUUUCCAGCUUUUUGAUAAAUUCUUUACAAAUUUUAAUCCUAUUGAAGUGUAAGAGUACAUGUAGUACAUAGAGUGAAUGCGAGGGCAACAGUGUCGAAAAAGCGAGAAGGUUGUACCGACGAUGAAUGAGAGAGAAAGAGAGAGAGAAAAAAAGAUUUCAUACUAGGCAAAUAUAUUUGCAAGAGAAAAGAAGUAACAAAAAAUAUAUCGCGAAAAGAAAACUGUACAUAAAACCUACUAACAUCCUUUCCCCUUCCUUAAUUGCCGCAUACACCGUUUCUCUGCUGUUGCAUUAUUAUAUAUUAUUGUAGUUACUAUAUAUUGAUUAUUAUUAUCAUCAUACAAUUUAUUGAUAAGAAUAUCUUUUACGUUAUUAUAUCCCACCCUAAAUCUGUACUAAUCAUACCUUUAUCUAUAGAGAACGCUUAAGCUGCGUUCUUAGAGUUAUAAUAAGUAAGAGUAAUUAGAUUUAAUGAAGAGGCACGUAAGUAAAUAUAAGGGGGCACCAUCGGCGAAGAAGGAAAAAACCAAGCGGUUUAGGGAACGAUGAAACCGAUACUAAAUCUGCAACGAAGUCUGUUGUGUAUUAAUAAUAUAAAAAUAAUGUUAUCAUGUCUGAUUUAUUUUUUGACAGUUAGGUCUCAAAUGAAGCGUGUUUUUCACUUUGUUUCUCAUUCGCCUCUAGUUAUUUUUCUAUUAUAUAUUGUACAGAGAUCACUUCUCUUAUGACACGAGAGAAACAUGAGAUGUAGAUUAUCGAAACGUGACCGCGACGCUGUUGCCGUUAAUUAUAUUACAACUAAAAUCCUGUAGCACGAUCAUCCUCGUCAAUAUGUGUAAAAUUUUGGAUUCGAAACUUCACACAAAGAUACGACUGUAGUUUCUCAAAAGUGACAUACGCCGGAUUCAUAACAUGAUCUGUAAAUAUAUACUUGUACCGUAGAGAUAGAGCACUAUCUUGUGAAACGUAACUGCUCGAACGAUUGUAUUUUUUAAACAACAAAUAGCAGCCGUAUAGA